AUGUAUACCAGAAAGAGGCGCUCUCGGGUCAAGUCGAUCGCUGAUGUGCAAACACCAGCACAUCGAGCAGCGCUAGGCUCCCGAGAAGGUUCAGCUCAAAGACAGUCCCAAAGCCCAGAGCUAUUACAAGACUCCUCUUCGGCCUUCUUUGCACGGCAGGGAUCGAGCUUAUCUAGAACGAUGUCUCAUACCCCAUCUACCUUAUCUCCGUCUCAUUCUGCUGACUGUUGGCUACGCGAUGGUUCAGAGCACACUACUGAUGCUUUCGCACCUCGAUCUCCUGGAGCGUCGGCUGAAGUGCACUCUUCUGGUGCAUUAUCUCAGGGAGGGAAGCCUGAACCCACUCCGUCCGUGUCGAGUCAAGGCUCGAGUCGCAAGCGAAGAAGACAGGAUCCUGAAGGAAUCUCGGACCUAUCUGAUAUAUCCCAGGGAGGGAAGCCUGAACCCACUCCGUCCGUGUCGAGUCAAGGCUCGAGUCGCAAGCGAAGAAGACAGGAUCCUGAAGGAAUCUCGGACCUAUCUGAUAUAUCCCAGCCUCUCGAUCCAGGAUACUCAGCAGAUGAAGAGUCCGCGGUUGAGGAUCAAGAAGUAGAAGAACAAAUCAGGUAUACUCCCAGCAUUGGGCAUCCGGUGGAUGACGAAGACUUCGUCGAGGAUGCGAACAUGCGCUCACCCGGCCAUAUGUCGAGGGAGACGACACCUGGUCCGAAAAGAAAGGAUACCCGAGGUGACAGUGACACAACUCCUGCAACGUUGGGCGAUGUACGGGUGCUUGCCGAGUAUAUGGGCAGUCUUUUCGGUAAACACACCGAGCUCCUUAGCGAGCUGGUGACUACAGUAAAACAUACUUCCAUCGCUGGAUCAUCGAACACAGCCAAAAAGACGUCACCACUCCCUCAAGUUAUGGGUCCUCAGCCUCGAGCCGAGGAGCGUAAUCUCUUGGCUAGUUUGCAUGCUAAGCGAGGAACAGGAGACGAUCCUAUUGAUGCGAAGGUGGAUGAACGUUCCCUAGCUGAAUUUCGCAAGAAAUAUGCAGAGACCGACGGAGACUGCGAGCCAUGCACAACCAUCCAGAAUUUUAUUUGCGACGUUGUAACAUGCACCCCCAAAUCCACAUGGAACAAAUCUGCCGGUCGGGUCUUUGCUCGCCAUGUCGUCGUUGAAGUACUCCAUCGUUCAGAUAACGAAGACAACAUAGACGAAGUUGCUGAAGUCUUCUAUACUCGGCUGAAGACUUUGCGACAACAGAGAUCGACACUUCGUCAGACCCCUGACCAGAUCGCUCAUGCGGCUUCAAUGGAACGCCGGGAUCAGAGAAAAUACCAGCUUUACUGCCGGCGCCGAGAUACAGCAGAGAAGUAUGCCCCCCUUCGACGUCAUCUCGGUCUCUUGGACCAACUGGGAGCUCAGGGGAUGUCCAGUGAUGAGUCGGUCAGAACUCCCCAUGUCGAAGGGCCGACUUACAACUACCUCCAUUCCAAUUGGCGAGCUGACGAAGUCAGUGUGUGGUUGAACGAUUAUGAUACUAUCUAUUAUUUCGAUCGCGCCGCCGAGAGCGAUCGGAGAGGGGCUUAUCCUCACCGGCGACGUCAAGGCCAGCCUCAAAAGUUGAGCCUACGCUCGAGGCCUGUCCACGGAUUACCUAUCAACACUUACAGGGCGAGUUGGCUGAAAACGAAGCUUCCGACGUGGGUCAAGAGUGUCUUACGUCCUGCUGCUCAACCAUUACUUUACCUUCCCUCGUUCACUCUAUACUAUCUGAGCUAUGUCGAUAAUAGGGAGGCUCGCUCCCGGGCGCACUCUACUCGUCAUACAGGAUUAGCCAUCACUCAGUCCAUGAAGGGCGGCCUCGUUCUUGGUUGGGCUCAUGAAUAUCACUCAGUACACGCACGCAAAGGAGGCAACUCAGACCUCAGGGCACACAUCAGCUCGAAAGCCAGAAUAUAUAUUCUAAAACACCUUUCUGGUGAAGACCAAUAUCUUUGCAUCGGCCUAGACUCGAAACAUGUCCCGCAAAAACGAGCGUGGUUCAACCGAGUCUGA